AUGGUCGUCUUGGAAAGGCCGGCAAUCCGACCAGAGCCGCUAUCUGAAAAUGCCCGCACUACUUUUGGUUCCGCCUCGGCACCUGCCUGGUGCUUGCGGCUCCUCCAUGAUGCCAAUCUAACUCCCGUGGCCACUCCAUCUCGCCAACCCAAGGCCAGUAGCGAGGACUCCUUUAUUGCCGAGACUCUGGCAACAGGCGACACCAUCAGCGCGUGGCAAUCAUUUUACAAAGUGCCGCAGCCGCAGCCCAGGCCGUCACCAGCUACCACCGGUGCCAAUAGCCCUGUCGCCGGGGAGCUCGUGAGCCUCCUUGCCCUUCUCGGCCGAGGUGUCAACGGGCACACCAACGUCGCACACGGUGGCCUAGUCGCCACCAUACUAGAUGACACCAUGGGCAUGGUCGAAGCCUCUGCGUACCCCCAGCAUUGUCCUCUGCCGCACAUGGCUGGAGAGCAGGCGGGUGGAAGAAAGCUGUGGCUUAGGGGGACGGUUGAGGACGGGGAAGGCGGCUUGUUUGCCGAGGCUGAAGGCCUCUGGAUUGAGGUGCAAGAAAAGGAGCCCAAGCUGUGA